AUGGCCAAAGAGGCCACCCGCUUCAGGCGGUCGCGAAUGGCAUGUCAGAAAUGUCGUUCGCUAAAACACAAGUGUGACUUUAAUUAUCCAAGCUGCUCGCGAUGUGCUAGAGCCAAGGUGCGGUGUUUGAUCCAGGACCCACUUACCAAAGAUGUGAUUUUACGACAGGACUAUUCUGUGUAUCAGAAACCACGUGAUUACAAUUUCGAGACUCCUAUGGAAGAAAACCGGACGAGUUCGGCGCCGACCGGAGACAUGUCCGGAGCCAAGGUGGACAUGGUGGCAGCCUUGAUGUCCAAGGUGGCUUACUAUGAGACUUUGCUUGGGAAUGCGGGACUUUUGCCUGGUGGAGAAACCGGUGGGGAGACCAGUAGGUCGACAUCUGGAGCUCUGUCUGAGCCUGUGGUGGGCCCCACGGUGGGCCCCAGGGCUGGUCCCAUAGCUGGCCGUCCAGCUGCCAGUGCCUCUGUCUCUGCUCACGCCCCGUCCAGAAGAAACCUCGCGCUACCAAUGAACCAGAUCACCAUGCUCUCUAUGAUCCCGUUUAGAGUCGCACAUCCUGUGAUGGAGCGUGAAAUCGCAGACGCCACGGUAUACGGAAACACUCUCAGAAGCCAAGCUGGUGAUACUGAUCCUCUUAAGCAGCAGGCCGAUUUGGCUCCUCUGCCGAGCCGAGAAGUCACAGAACUGCUCAUCUCCAACUACUUCCGCUUCGCAUGGACUCAACACCCGCUCAUCGAGUCCCGCGAGUUCCUGGGCUCCAUAGUCAACCGUGUAUACGGUCUGGAGCCCUCCAGAACCGAUUCCCAGCCGUUUCUGUCAGAGCACCGGCUACAGUUGCUCGAAAGCAAUAUCGCUUCACGUGACAUGUUCCUGUUGUAUGUGUCGCUCGCCAUCGGCUCGGCGAUCACGGCAGAGUCGGAUUUGGGCCCGAUAGUGGAGCAAAUCCACCUAAAAAGUGGUGGUGUUGGGGCUGCAAUGGCGUCUCCAGAGGGCUACUAUCUGACAUCAACGUAUUUUCUUAGCAAAUUCUUUGAAUCCAUUCCGACCAUCCUCACGGAGUUGGAAACUUCACCAGCCGUGACGGCCGGAAACGGAAACAUUUCCUCCAGAAAUCUGUAUAUCCGCCAGAGUCUGGAGGUACAUGCGACACAGAGCCUGUUGUUACUUUGCACUUUUGGUUUGCUCAAGCCGGUGACUCCCGGUAUUUGGUAUAUCAUCUCUUCUGCCGUCAAAUUGUGUGUGGAUCUGGAUCUUCACCAGGAGUCCACUAUCCAGCGUCUGGAACUGACCCAUGAUAACGAUCCCGGCUACAAGUCGUUCCACCGCAGACUGUUCUGGUCGGCAUACUGUCUGGACAGACAGAUCUGUAGUUAUGUGAACAAGCCGUUCAGUCUCGGGGAUUAUGAGAUCAGCACUCAGGUCAAGGACCCGAGUUACGAGUACAAUCUCAAAGGGUCCGAAUAUGACCUGACGAUCCCCUCGUUCUUCGUGCGAUUGCGCAAGCUGCAGUCGCAGCUACAGGUUGUCCACCGAAAUCCUGAGAUGGGGAAUCCCAUAAUGGAAUAUGGCUCGUUGAACAAGUGGACUUUGGCGAUGCACACGCAGUUGAACGCGUGGCUGUUGGAUUGUUUGAAGCUGGAGACUUGUAGCAACCUCUCGUUGCUGGAGACCUAUCGGUUUUCGAAGGAUUUCCUACUGAUCAACUAUUUCCAGCUGAUUCAGACGCUGUAUAAGCCAGGUGUUCAGCGGAAACACCUUUCUGUGGAAAUGUUGGGACUUUUGUUCGAGAUUUCGUACCAAUUGGCGGAUAUCUACGAACGGCUGUUUGAGAGCAAGAAGAUCAACUACAAGUACCUUUCUGUGCACUCGAUCCACCAGGCUGGAAUUGGUCUUUUCUAUGCCCUGAUCAACUCGCCAGUGCUGUGUCUCAAGGAGGAUGCCAUUGAAAAGAGCCAGGCCUUUAUAGAUAAGGUUCUCAAGAUGGUGGACUAUCUAAAGGAGUCCUGUCCUCCAGCCGAGAACGUGGCCAAGAUCCUGGUUAGUAUGUUCAACUCUACCAAGGAGCUCGUGAGCAAGCGCCAGGCAGCUGCCAGGAAGAGGCAGUCGCCCGGCUCGGUGUCCCAGAAGCAGAGGAAGCCAUCCGGAAUGUUGAUAUCGGAACUUUUAUCGCCGAGUGAGACAGCUGCCUCAGCUUCGUACUAUGACUCCAUUCCCGAAAAUUACGAUGCAAACGAUCCCUCUACCAUCAAUUUUGGUGUUGAUCUGGACCCACAAGAGUUCAAACUCUUCAUUGAGACCAAAGCAGUUCCAAUUCCCGAGAAAAGAGGUUCCUCGAAAAGAUACAGCAACGAAAAUAUGAUGAAGGCUGGCUCUGCAGUGAAACACCCGCUGGUUACAGCAUCUGCUUUGAACAACAGCGGGAUCCAGAGUUCUCCCAGUAAUGAUGGCAGCGAUCAAGGACGUGAACAAAACCAGCAAAUAGGUGAGUUUUUCAGAGAACUAAUGAGUGAUGCGGACAACGGACUGAGUGUCAAUUUGCACAGCCGUAUCCAACCACCUGUUUUUUCGCCUCAGGACUCGGAUUUUUCGCCUUUGCAGGAUAAUAUUCCAAUGGUCGGGGCUCCUUUUAUGGGCCGCUCUACCCCAACUGGUCCGUACGUCAUCGGCACAGAUUACCAGAAUCCAGUUGGAAUGCAACCUCCACUAUAUCCUCCGCACCAGAUGCAAAUGCAAAUGGCUCCCCCUGUUUCCGGCUCAUUCCAACAACCACGUCCUGAGUUUUUCCGAAUGGCCGGACCGGCUCCAGAUGGUGUCUCGUCAGAGUUUGCCUCUCCUGGAAUGGUUCCUGUGGAGUACCGCAAGGAGGCAGCACCUGGCAACGAUCUCGAGGUUGCGGAUAUCCAAGGUAUCUGGGAGAGUCUAUUUGAUCAGCCUCUGAAUUUGAAGGAGACGAUGCUCUCUGGGCGUUUUGUAUAG